AUGAGGUGUACCAGGCUCUCCCUACUGCUUGCCGGCUCUGUCGCGGCUAGAGCUAUGUCCACCUGCAGCAUCUCCACAAUCAAGAGCUUCCUCCCUGCCAACGCAACAGUCUUCUACGCCAACCACUACGCCGCCAACGCGACCUUUUCGCCUCCUGCGGCUGACAAUGCCGAGCAGUCGGGAAUGGAGGCUUUGCUGGAUCGAUUAGCUGGAGCUCGCUGCCGUCUCGACCGACACAGGCCACGAGGCCAACGAGCUCAGCGCCAGCCUGGGCAUAUCACAACCCCGGCGCGCUCGCCAACUGGGGGGUACCGGGCGCUGCACGACACGGUCGUCAAGGGCAAGGCAAUCACGCGCGGCUACUACGGCCGCGACAUCACGUACAGCUACUACCGCGGCUGCUCGUGCGGCGGCAAGCAGGGCCUGAAGGAAAUGCAGCUGUAUCCGGACGACUGUGGGCACAUGGUCGUCGGCAUCUGGAAUAUGCCGGUAAACUCGUCGCACUACCUGCCGGACUCGGCGUUCGAGCUGCUGGCCGCUGAGGUCCUGAGGCAGUGCGAUCCUCAGGAUGGGGUCGUCGACAAUAUCAUCCAGGAUCCCCUGGGAUGCCAGUUCCGGCCUGAGACGCUUCUCUGCGCGAGCAACACUAAUAAUAAUACGUCCGCCUGCCUAACAGCGGAGCAGAUCAAGACAGUGAACAAGCUGCACCGCGACUGGGUCGAGGCCAACUCGACGUUCAUCUUCCCGCACUUCCUGCUAGGCAGCGAAUGGGGCUGGGGAGGCACCGGGGGUCUGGUCUCCUCGCCCAGCCCGCUGGGCACGGAAUACGUGAAAUACAUGCUAGGCCUGGGGCCGGACUGGCAGUGGCAGCAGGACUGGACGCCCGAGCUGAUCUUCCUGUCGGACCAGAUCAACCCGGGCAACGCCACGGCGGACGAUUUUGACCUCGAGCCGUCAUAUCGUGCUGGCGGGAAGGUCAUACACUACCAUGGCAUGUCCGAUGCGUCUAUCGCCACGGGGUCGAGUAUAUACUUUUACGAGCGGGUUGUGGAGGCGCUGCAGCCGAGGGGGAUCGAUCUCGAUGAGUUUUAUCGUUUCUUUUUGAUUCCGGGGAUGGGCCACUGCAUCGGCACAAGCCCCUCCAUGAACGCCCCAUGGUACAUCGCCGGCGACGGACAAUCCUCCAGUCUGGGUGUCAACAACACCAUCCACGGCGUCCCAGGCUUUAACGACGCCCAACACGACGUGCUACUGGCGCUGAUGGCCUGGGUAGAAAACGGCACUGCGCCGGAAGUCCUCAUCGCCACAAAGAGAAGGAAGGAGUAUAUACUGCAUGUAAUCGAAUCACCCGUCACAGAAUAUCCCCAUUCGAACUGUCGAACCUGGAACGCUUCCCCACUCUCCAUCCUGAUAAUGGCAUCCCUUGAACUGCCGUCACGUGACGAAGAAGUACGAGGACCAAGUGAAGAAUUCGAGGACCCUACUCGCAUCCGAUUGAUUGCGAAGCUAGAGGAGCAUCUGAAAACGAAGACAAAUGGAAGAAUUUCGACAACAAGUUGGGCGAUCUUGUGGCUGUCCGACGUUGACAAGCUUAAUGAGUUUGUACAGGAGUCUACGGAUGCCGAGCUGCUCCACGCAUAUCUUGCUUAUAAGCCUGAUCAAAAUGCGGACAUAGUCGGAAAAUGGACUUCUCGUUUUUGCGAGCGGAAAGGUUCUGUUGGUGGCUCUGCGCCACCUUCUGCACUGUCUUCUUCUCCAUUUCAUGAUGGGUCGGCCGCAUCUGUUUUCCCUGUAACAUCAACGCAUCCUCCAAGUUCCCCUCAGGAGCCUCCGAGUUCAUCCUCACUUACGAAGGGAGCGCGGUCGCAGAAGGCAAGAGACUUGACAGAAAAAGUCUCAAAGUUCAAUUUUUCUGGCUCCGGAGACUCAAGAGGAUCAAGGCAGGGGGUCUUGCCCUCCACACGACCACAUCUCCCGAAUGAGCUUAGUCGACCCGAGAACAACAUCCUCCUAUACAAUUGUGUUCAAAGAAAAGAGCUUUGUUCUGGCGAUAUCCUCACUCUUCGCACUCACGACCCGGAAACGCACCCGUUACCGAGCAUUGCGUUGCUGGAUAUGCAAUGGAUCUUGCAUAGGGUCGCAGCGCUGAGCGGUGCAGUCGAUGACUACGACAACCAUUACUUAGAUGAUGAUGACGACGGGAUCCCGUUUCCUAUGGAGGGCCAUUGGCUCGAGGAUGAGGACGGGUCGUUAUCGUUUCAGUACCUGGUAAAAGACUGA